UCACAACAACAUCCACAGACACAGCAACUAAUUUCGCAGCAACAUCCACAGACACAGCAACUAAUUUCACAACAACAUCCACAGACACAGCAACUAAUUUCACAACAACAUGCACAGACACAGCAAUUAAUUUCACAGCAAUAUCCACGGACACAGCAACUAAUUUCACAGCAGCAUCCACAGACACGGAAACUAAUUUCACAACAACAUCCACAGACACAGCAACUAAUUUCACAGCAUACACAGACGCAGCAACUAGUUUCACAACAGCACCCACAGACACAGCAACUAAUUUCACAACAACAUCCACAGACACAUCAACUAAUUUCACAGCAACAUACACAUCCACAGACACAGCAACUAAUUUCACAGCAACAUACACAUCCACAGACACAGCAACUCAUUCUACCACAGCAUCCUCAUAUGCAGGAAAUAAUUCCACAGAAACAUUCACAUGGAGAGACACAGCAACUAGUUUUGCAACAGCAUUUACAUAUACAUGGGUAUACCCACCAACCGAUUCCACAGCAAAAUUUACAUAUGCAGACACCUCCAUGGCAACCAGUUCCACAACAACAUACACUUGUACAGCAACAGAUUCCACAGCAACAGAUUAUGCAACAGCAUCCGCCUACACAGACAUAUAAACAGCAAACCGCCCCACAGCAACAUUUGCAGGCACAGAUGCAUUCACAACAUCAGAGUCUGGGACAAGAGCAGCCAUUGGUGCUACAGAACCAGCUACAGGAGCAGCUACAGCAGCACCUAGAUCUGCAGCAGCAAUCAUCACAUGACCUGGCACAGCCACAACUUUCACACAAACAUCAAGAGUUACCGCUAAAGCAGCUCCCACAGCAACAGGAAUAUCUGCUACGGUCAUCACUUCCGGAACAACAGCAGCAGUUGUGUCACAAGAUGAAGCACAUGCAAGUCAACGGGAAAUGCCCAUCUCUGAAGCAGCCUGUCGCCAUGCCAGCCACAAAUGGUCACCCAUUACCUCCCCCGUUCUGCGCAGAUUGGAGCCUCCCACAGUACGGGUGCCUCGUUCAGGAGGCCUCCACCCUGGACCCACCCUACCAGAAACAGCUGAACGCCAUGUCCAUUGCCUGCGACCAGGCCUUCUCCCCUUACACUGAAGGGCUUGCGGCUGGAGGGGCUGGCAGCUUCACACCCCAGAACCUGGAGCAUCUGCUGGAGGGCUUACAGCCCGGAGCCACAGGGGAGCGGCACUGUGCCACCAUCCUGCAGGACGGCAACACCACCCCCCUGUGCCAUCCCACUGCCCUGCCCGUGAACCAGGGCCUGCCUGAGACAUUUGGCCUGGGACGUGAGCAGCAGGUGAACCCUAAGCUGCUCACACCCUGCGCUCUGGGGCACCAGCCUUUCCUGUCACAUUUUCAGAAUGGCAGCGGUGGGGUCGUGACCCAGACUCAGCCUGAAUCCAUCGGUGGUAUGGGCCUUCCUCAGUCAGGACGUCCCCUGCACCGGCACCCAGAUGAGGGCAGACCGUUCCAGGACCUGACCAUGGGGGGGGUCAUGUGAAUGCACAUACAGACCCACAGCCGCGUCUCUAGAGAGCAGGGUGCAGCCCUGUGACACUUCACCGAGCACAGCCAAGCCAUGGAAAUAUCACAGGGGAGUCUCUGUGGCCGAGAGACAAGAUGUCUCCAGUGGGAAACCUGGCAUAGGGAGGGGCUGAGGCAUGGGGAUCAGUCAAAAUAUCUCAUAUCCCAAAAAUUAUUUUUUGUCCUGCACUUACUUUACAAUUUACAGUUUUGUCAUUUAGCUGAUGCUGUUAGCCAAAGAAACUCACAAAGUUGCAUUAAUACACUUUGUGUACGUUAAUAUUUUAUCUUUUUAUUGUAGAGUACAAUACAUCAUAAUUUUCUUGCAGUGGUUUUGGUAACAUGGAAUGGGAUUGUGAACCUAAGUCCCAUCAUCAUUGGCCACAACAGUAAUUUUG